AGAUCCCUCCGCUGGUUGACGAUUUGCUAUUUCCCAUCCUCUCGAACGGCCCCCAUUUCUUCAUCCUUUUUUUUUUUCCCCUUUUGGUAAAUAUUUCUUCCUUCACUUUCGCCCGUUACGAAAUCUCUCCUCUUCCUCCCCGGACAGACCUAUAAACGGUUUCUUGGUUUGUGUUUGGAGCUCUCUUCCUCCCUCUGAAGCUUCCUGUUUCUGAAGAUUUCCUCAGGAAUAUUAAGUCCGCUCUGCUUGCAUCGAUUUUGAGGAGGCGAAACUUUGUGCAGUUGACAAGAGCAUUGUUGGGAGUCCAUCUUCAAGAUGUUCGGGUUUAUGAAGGGCUUCAACAAGCCCUCUUCGGAUUCUAAUACUCAGCCUGCAAAAAGAGCUGCUUCGGAACCAAACCUCGUCGUACCGAACGACCUCGAUAACGGACACAGGGGAGGAGGCUUGUCGUCGUCAGCUUCUUCAUCGCCUUACAACUCUGCUGCAGCUAAAGACAGGUACAAGAAUGACUUCAGGGACUCGGGCGGGCUCGAGAAUCAAACCACGCAGGAGCUGGAGAAUUAUGCCGUCUACAAGUCCGAGGAAACCACGAGUACCGUGAACAACUGUCUGAGGAUUGCCGAGGAUAUCAGAGACGACGCCACGAGGACGCUUGAUAUGCUGCACGUGCAGGGAGAGCAGAUCAAUAGGACCCAUAAUAUGGUUGCUGAUACCGAAAAGGAUUUGAGCCGGGGCGAGAAGAUUCUUGGCAAUCUCGGGGGCAUGUUCUCGAAGACAUGGAAGCCGAAGAAGGGAAAAGAAAUCACAGGGCCUGAAGUGACCAUAGAUACUUCGUCGAAGAAAGCCGAUAAGCAUCAGCGAGAGAAAUUGGGCCUGGCUUCUCUUCCCAAAGGGCAGGCAGCUUCCAAGCAUUCUCAGGAUCAGACCACCGCUAUGCAGAAAGUCGAGAUGGAGAAAGCAAAACAAGACGAUGCUUUAUCGGAUCUGAGCAAUAUACUAGGGGACCUGAAGAACAUGGCUGUCGACAUGGGAUCUGAACUCGAAAGGCAAAAUAAAUCCCUUGAUCAUCUCAAUGACGAUGUGGAUGAGCUCAAUUCUCGCGUGAAGGGAGCCAAUCAACGCGCUCGUCGCCUCGUCGGCAAAUAAAAUGGCAGAAUGGAGCUGUCUUCUUCACUUGUCGUCUCUGCUUGCGCUUGGCUUCUUACUCAUAAUCUUGUAAUUGCUCGUGUCUAGGGCCAUUGCUUCCAUUUUUGUAAUCUCAUCCAAUGAAUAAACUGAUGAUCAAUUUUCCUGCAAUAACAUUCCAGCUUGGCAGCUUUCUCUCUCA